UUCCACCUUGCACAACAUAGCAGCCUCUCAUUCUGCCAAGAUGCUCAAAAUCAGCAGAGUUGUGCAAAAGACCUGGAUUCUCUUGCAAGUGUGCUUGUGUACUGCUGUUGGUAAACUUUUUAUGUUCUUAUUCCCAGCUACUGUAAAGAGCUAUAUAUUGAAACAAGGGGCAAAGAGCAGCAUGAGGAGGAAUCCCAAAUUCACCUAUGAAAACUGGGGACCAACUUUCUUUAGCUUCCCGUACCUACUCUUUGUCCUGAAAGUCAAAUGGAAAAGACUGGAAGAUGAAGCAUUUCAAGGCUGCCCUGCUCCCAACACUCCUGUGAUAGACCUUGGAGGGGAAGUUCAUCACAUCUUGGAUUUCAUGCAAGGUAACAGGCCUUUGGUCCUGACAUUUGGAAGCUGCACCUGACCUUCAUUUAUGUUCAAAUUUGUUGAGUUCAAGAAGCUUGUCGAAGAUUUCAUAUUUGCAGCAGAUUUCCUUGUGAUCUACAUUGAAGAAGCCCAUGCCUCAGAUGGAUGGGCUUUUAAAAACAAUAUUUCUAUUAAAAGUCACCAAACUCUCCAAGAUCGUAUACUGGCUGCACAGCUCCUGCUGAAAGAGCGUCCCUUGUGCCCAGUGGUUUUAGAUAUAAUGGAAAACUCAAGCAGUUCUAAAUAUGCAGCUCUGCCAGAAAGACUUUAUGUGCUUCAAAGAGGAAAAGUAAUCUAUAAGGGUGGAGUGGGACCUUGGAAUUACAGCCCACAAGAAGUACGUGAAGUUUUGGAACAACUACUUUAAGUGUGUAAAACAAAACUAGUGAUCCCCCUAUGUAAGCAACACAAUUACUCUAUAAUCUGCUGGUUCAUUUUUAAAAGAUUAACUUAGAAAAUAUUGUACAUAUUUUAAAAGAGUAAAUUCAAUCCAUAUAAGGAAAAUGGGCACAAUCAGUUUUGCACCUAUCAUUACUCCCCAACAGGUCAAGUAUACAAAAUAAACAUAUGGUAAUUGCUUGCUUAAAUCAGUAUGGUCUAAAUAACAUAUAGAAAUAAGAGUUAGGAGCCCCUUGAAAAGCAACUUGCUCCAUGCAGCAAGUCUUUCACACAAAGCAGCUUGUCAAUUGCUUCUAACAAUUUGGAAUCAAUCAACAGCUCAUGGUAAGAGUGAUGUAAACUGUCACAACUGCAUAGCAAGUAGCUUCACAAGCACAGCUUUUCUUGCAGAGUUGCCCCCACUUAUAUGAACACUGUAAAUAAGGCAUCUUCCUUGGUUGCCAAAGAGUAACGAGGUCUUCCAACACAGACCACAACCUAACUAUUAGAAUUUCCAGACUGAUGAUCUUAUGAAUGACCCAGACCACUGGAUGCUUGGAUAAAGGAUGCUUGGGUAAAAGAUGCUCAGAUGGGAUGGGGGAGCUGCACAUUCGUGUGUGUGUGGGCAUACUGUACCCAUGAGCUGGAUCAUGCAAACAUACGCAGCCUUCCUCCUCUGCGCACAAUGGGUGUGCAGAAUAAAAUUCUUUUAUUAAGUAAAAUAUACUAUAAGAGCUUUCUGAACUGAACUGGUGUAAUAACUUUUGUUUUUAUUUAUAUUUGCUUAUGAUAGUCACAGCUUAAAAACGUGGGCAGCUGUGACCUGAUCUAGAAAAAAUAUUUAUAGAAACAAAAUGCUAAACUAUACUGAUUAAACUGUGUCAAACAAUCA